AUCAGUCGUCAAAAUGGCGUUGAUUAUGCCGUUCGUGUCUGUUGCAGUUUCAAUACUUUACACGCCGUUUUUACUUUUUAUAUUGUGUAUAAUAUUCCUGGCCUCAAUUGGAAAAUCUCUUGGUGUACGGAGAUUAUAUGUGAAUAUACUUUUGAAGCUAUUCGAAUAUGGCCGCCAGCACAUUGAAGUUGCAAAGAAACUGCAGAGGAGUGACAGUUCGGAUGAGGAGGAACCUCUCGUACCUGACGACAAGCCACCAUCAGCUAUUAUUAAAGAGAAUGGUGUAAAUGGUACAAAAACGACAGUUAUCGAACGACAAGAGAUACUCGGUCCGUCACCGGAGUUGAACUAUCGUCGGGUUCAGAACGGACAUAAAACUGAACAAGGGAAUGGAGAGACUAAUUUAGAAUUUCAUUUCUAUCACUGUAUGGAUCUGGUGAAGGCAGGUAUGGAGUCAAUAAUUGAAGAUCAGGUUACAUCUGUCUUUGAGGCUGAAGAGUUGAGGAGUUGGAACUUACUUACUAGGACUAAUAGACAGUAUGAAUUCCUAACAUGGAGGCUAACAAUAAUUUGGAUGAUGGGUUUUGUAGUUCGGUAUUUCUUCUUAUUACCUUUAAGGAUAUUAAUAUUCGUUAUUGGGGUAUGGUGGUUGAUCAUCAGUACAGCAUGUGUGGGUACAUUACCAGAUGGACCAUUUAAACAACGUGUGAACUAUGCAACAUCUAUAAUGAGCUUCAAUUUUCUAUCGAGAUGUAUCUCUAUGGUUAUAACUUACCAUGAUGGGGACAUAAAUAGACCGAAAAAUGGCAUAUGUGUUGCAAAUCAUACAAGUCCAAUUGAUGUUUUAGUACUUAUGUGCGAUAAUUGUUACUCAUUGAUCGGUCAGAGACACAACGGUUUUCUAGGGCUCCUACAAAGAGCGCUUGCUAGGGCUUCGCCCCAUAUAUGGUUUGAAAGGUCCGAAGUUAAGGAUAGGCAUGCAGUUGCUCGGAGGUUAAAAGAGCACAUUUCAGUGCCAGAUAAUCCACCUAUUUUAAUCUUUCCUGAAGGUACAUGUAUUAAUAAUACCUCAGUUAUGCAAUUCAAGAAAGGAAGUUUUGAAGUUGGAGGCACAAUAUAUCCUGUAGCUAUCAAAUACGAUCCCCGUUUCGGUGAUGCUUUCUGGAACAGUUCACGUUACGGGAUGCUUCAUUACUUGCUCAAUAUGAUGAGCUCUUGGGCUAUUGUAUGCGAUGUGUGGUAUUUACCACCAAUGCAUCGUUACAAUAAUGAAACUGCCGUUGAAUUUGCUAAUAGAGUUAAAGCUGUUAUCGCUAGGAGAGGAGGCUUGGUUGAUUUGAUGUGGGACGGUCAAUUAAAACGUAUGAAGGCAAAGAAGGAAUGGCGUGAAUUACAACAGGAGGAAUUCAGUAAAAGAUUGAAGGGAGAGUAGUCUUUUAAGACCGGAGACUAAAGGCCAGUCGUGACCGGAGACCGGAGACUGAGUGAUAUGUGUUGUGAUGUAAUGUUUUUUAUAACGGAAUCUAGUUGGAGAUGAGUGAAGAAGGGAAUAGAAAAAAAUGGACGGUGAUACUAGAGAUAGUACCACGAAAAGAGUUAUAUCUGUUGAUAUGUAACCCUUUUCAUAAUUUCUACUAGUUAUCUUGAGAGAUACAGCUUUAUUCGCCGGGUUACAAGUUUUAAGGCAUAUCUUGAGGUGUAA